AUGUCACAAACUGUUAUUCGGCUCAGAGGCAAGAGGAACUCGGUUCGAAACCUGAAGGCGUGCAAAGAGGACGUCCAGCCGCCCACUAAACAUGAAGUUCUUGUCAAGGUUCACGCGGUAUCCUUGAAUUAUCGUGAUAUCGCUAUCGCGACUAGUCAAUAUCCAUUUCCUGUCAAGGAAAAUGUGAUCCCUUGUUCGGAUGCCGCAGGAACUAUUGCCACAGUCGGCGAUGGUGUUAAAGGCCUCGCUGUCGGUGACCGUGUCAUUUGCGCAUUCGACACGAGCAACAUUUUCGGAGAUUCAGACUUGCUAAACGGGCAAGGAGGACCGGUAGAUGGGGUUCUAUGUGAAUACAUUGCGGUUCCAGCCGCUGCAGUUGUCAAGGUUCCUGAAGACUCGCCUCAAAGCUUUUCGGAAUGGUCUACCUUGGUCUGCGCGGGCGUCACAGCAUGGAACGCCUUGUACGGCGCAAUACCUUUGAAGCCAGGCCAGGUUGUUCUUUGUCAAGGGACUGGCGGCGUGUCGAUUUGUGGGUUGAUCUUGGCCAAAGCUGCCGGGGCCAUCACCAUUGUGACGUCCUCUAGCGAUGAGAAGCUCGAGUUGGUCAAGUCUACAUUUGGCGCCGAUUUUGGUAUCAACUACAAAAAGCAUCCAGAAUGGUCCAAGGAGGUCUUGAAGAUUACAAACGGCGAAGGCGUUGAAUAUGUUCUUGAAAACGGAGGGUCAGGUACAGUCAAGGAAAGCAUCAGCUCCGUCAAGAUUGGAGGCAACGUAUCGGUCAUUGGCUUUCUCUCACCUACAAGCCAAGCGGAGAUGCCAGAUGUUGCGCAUCUUGCACUUGAAAGAGGAGCUGUCAUUCGCGGCGUCCAUUUUGGUUCCGCACAGUUGUUACAGGACCUUGUGCGAUUUGUCGGGCGCAAACGUCUUCGAUUACCAGUUGAGAAGGAAUUUGCCUUUUCCGAGGGCGACGUGAUAAAAGCAUUUGAGUACCUCCAAUCGGGCGCACACAUUGGCAAAGUCUGUAUCAAAGUGGUUGAUUAA